GGUGCAAAGUGUCGAGCAAAAAUUUUUGCGACCUUUCAACAGAGUCUACUCUAAGUCGGUCUAUGAUUAUUAAUAUGUCUCUAUAAUUUUGAGCGAAUUCGAAACGGUUAUAUUGAUGUUUGUGCGCGAGGAUCUUUUCUUGGUGAACAAAAAUGAGUGACUUUUCUUAAUGAUGCCCUAAAUUACAAACUAAUAAUAACUAUAAUCGCUCAUUGAAAUAUUGAACAAUUGACUUUGAUUGUAUAAACGAAAAACAAACAAUUAUGUAUUCGCCAGAUAAAAUGAUGGGUUCCAAAGGGCCCACGGGACUCCAUGGACCCAUAACGUCUUCUGGUGCAUGUUUUGCUGGUAGAUAUUCGCCCACGUACAGGAAUCCUGAUCCUAUGCCCAGAAGGUGUAUGCCCAAUCCGUCGAGUCGAAUUCUAGAAGAUGCCUCGAUUAUGUGUAAUUCGUGGUCUCCUAGACACAAUGGUGAUAUCUUUUCUGGUCUCAACGAUGGACUUAUCAGCAGGGCAGAAGCUCUGGCAGCCGUUGAUAUUAAGCAUCAAGGCUCUGGAGGACCUGGAGGCUUACCGCAACUCAAACACGACAUGAUGUAUCAUCACAGUAUGACGGCGCCACCUCCGAUGGGUCAUAUGGACGGUCUAGAAAUGCUCGACCCCAUCACCUCGUCAUCGAUGACCACAUUAACCCCAAUGUCCGAAACCCCAUCGCACAUGCACUCGUACGGUACGAAUCAUUUCAUGAACCACCACCACCACGGAGGACCCUUAUCAGGACACGGCGCACCAGGACACCAUCCUGGACACGGAGGACAUCCCGGUGCUCACCACCCGUCAGCAAUGGCGGCUGCAGCUGCCGCCGCCGCAGUUGCAGGCUUACAUCCCGACGCCGACACAGAUCCCAGAGAGUUAGAGGCUUUCGCUGAAAGAUUCAAGCAACGUAGAAUAAAGUUGGGCGUGACUCAAGCUGACGUGGGCAAAGCUCUUGCAAACCUCAAACUACCUGGCGUUGGAGCUCUAUCGCAAUCCACCAUUUGCAGGUUCGAAUCUCUAACUUUAUCCCACAACAACAUGAUCGCUUUGAAACCGAUUCUUCAAGCCUGGCUGGAAGAAGCGGAAGCCCAAGCCAAAAACAAACGCAGGGAUCCGGACGCGCCGAGUGUACUGCCCGCGGGCGAGAAAAAACGUAAAAGAACUUCGAUAGCGGCGCCGGAAAAACGCAGUUUAGAGGCGUACUUCGCGGUACAACCGCGACCGAGUGGCGAGAAGAUAGCCGCGAUCGCGGAAAAGUUGGACUUGAAAAAGAACGUGGUACGCGUGUGGUUCUGCAAUCAGCGACAGAAGCAGAAAAGGAUGAAGUUUGCUGCGCAACACUGACCGGAAGUCAACUUUGGGUUUUAAGACUUGAAGUAUAUACACGAAGGAUGUAAUAAAACAUGUAAGAUAAUUAGUUGUUAGACUAGUGAGCACUUGGACUCUUUUUUUUUGGAGAAAGACUGAAUAAAGUCUAUGGAUAAUUAUUAGGCAGUGGUCCUCGAUGGUUUAAAUCUUGAAAAGAUUAGUUUAAUUUAGAUUGAGAGAAAACACAGUUGCAGGUGUUUUUGCUCCUUCUAAAUCCAUCAAAACCUAUUAAUGCCCUAGAGAAGAUUUAUAAAAAUACCGGAACAAUUGUUGUACAUUUAACUUUCCGGUACUAAACUGUGCAAUACCCUUUUGUGCUGUGAUAUAUUGGCCAAAGCUCUCUUUUAGUUUCGAAAAAUUUUCUCAUAGUCUUCUCUAGGACAAAUUCUUCUAAAACUAUUUGUAGUUAAUGUACAUCUCUUUUAUAAUAUAGUACAAUUUUUA